AUGGAUCAAGGUGCAGUGUCAGAGUGGAAUGUCGUGGGAACGUUCCGGAAAAGACCGGUUCCACAGGGACCUAUAGUUGACUUCACAGCAGACGUGAGUCACCAGAUUUCUCUCGACAACACAGAUGCACCCAUCCUUCUGUAUGAAAUGAAGGGCGACAAGAACCAGCAGGAGUCGCGUGUGCCACGCUACAUGGCGCGCAAGAUUGCGAUUCCGCCACCCUCCUUGCACAAGAUGAGGGUUGUGUCACUCGCGCCGCCGCGGUCCACCGACACCGGUGCGCGCUCUGAUGAAGAUUUGUUUUUCGUAGACUGUCCUGAACGGCCAAGUGCUCUCUCUAAUCACAGAGAUCGUGUACAUCGACAACAACCGCUGGUGAUUGGGACGAUCUUACCCCCUCCCCUGCAACUGGCCUUUUUGAUGCCGUUUGGUGUGUUUUUGAUAGAUAUCGCGUUGCUCGUGGCGAGCCUCACGACGUACAAACCGGAAAAAGCGUUGAUAGUAGCGUGCUGUGUUCUAGUUUUGGUGCCUGAUAUUGGGGCACUUAUCUUGCUUUUUAAGGGCGGCAUUUAUUUUCUCACGAUCGCCGUGCAUCUUCUCCUGUGGCCAAAUAUUGUGCUACUCUUUCUACAGCCCUUUGUUUCUCUGCUAUUCAUGGUACACUUUCUUUUAACGACGCUGAUGCUGCUGUACUGCUUGCGCAUCCGUACAAGUGUCUAUAUGACGUUUUACAGGUUGCGCUGA